CUUUCAUCGAUUGUAGCAUUUACGACUAACCGGGUAUCUCAAUUGCUGUUUUAUAGAUAUAACAUCAUGCCUGCAGAUAUUCGUAACUUCUUCGGUGGCAAGCCGACUGCAACUCCAGUGAAAGAGGAGAAGAAGGCUCCUGCCAAAAAAGGAAGAGCUAGAAAGGUUGUCGAUGACAGCGACGACGAGGAAGAAGUAGUGCCAAAGAAGACGACAAGAACAGCAGCACCGAAACGUGCCGCAUCACCACAAGGCGAGGAAACCACCACUGCCGCCUAUUUCGCCACAAAGAACAAGCCAAAGCGAACAGCUGCCUCUACCAAAUCACAACCUGCACCUCCGAAGAAGUCGCCUGCCAAACCCAUCAAAUCAGAAACCACCCCACCCCCAUCAACAGAUGACUUGAACGCCGAAGACUUCCCUGACGACGACCUAGACGAAGACUUUACUACCGAGCAAAAAAAGGAGGACCAACCAACACAAGAAAACGACGACAUGGCACCCAAGAAACGUGCCGCUGCAAAGCCUCACCCAACCAAGAUCAAGGAUGAAGACUACGAUGAAGAUGUCGGCAUGAAGGAUACCAAUGCCGACGAUGACUUUGUAGUUCCAGAUGAUGACGAGAUGAUUGUCGAGGACAAGCCGGCUCCCAAGAAACGCGCUGCCGCAAAGCCCAAGGCCAGCACAAAGAGAAAGUCAAAGGAUCUGGACACUGACGAGGAAGAGGAGAAGCCUAAGCCAAAGAAGCCUCGUGCAGCACCCAAGAAGAAGGAAAAGGACCCUCCAGUCGAAGACAGUGCUGAACUCAAGGCCAUCCUCGACGACAUUCCCCUCAUCCAAGCACCCGAACCACCCAAGGACGACGGAACUCCAGCCAAAAAGUGGUAUAACAUGCCAAAGAACGAUGGUCCUGCUCCCGAGGCCGGUAGUCUCGACAUUCCAGAGGGUGCUGAUAAUUGUCUUGCUGGCCUGUCAUUCGUCUUCACCGGUCAACUCAAGUACAUCGCCAGAGAGGAAGGCCAGAACCUGGUCAAACGUUAUGGUGGAAAGUGCAUGACGGCACCUAGUAAGAACACUAGUUAUGUCGUUCUGGGAGAAGAAGCCGGUCCAAAGAAGCUUGCAACCAUCAAGCUGCACAACCUCAAGGUCAUCGACGAGAAAGGUCUCUUCGCUCUCAUCUCAAAGCUUCCUGCCAACGGCGGCAAUAGUGUAGCCGGCGCCAAAUUUGAAGCUCAACAGAAGAAAGAAGCCGAAAAGAUCGCGGCGGCCGCCGAAGAACUGGAGAAGGCCGAACGUGAGAAGCUGGCCAAAGGUCCUGCAAAGCUCGCCAAGGGCUUUGCUGCUGACGGUUCCGACAACAGACUGUGGACUGUCAAGUAUGCCCCUACGCAACUUGGCCAGAUCUGCGGUAACAAGGGCCAAGUCGAGAAGUUGGGAACAUGGUUGCGCUCAUUUGCCAAAAACUCGCGUACCCAAUUCAAGCUUCCUGGAAAGGAUGGCAGCGGUACCUACAGAGCUGUCAUGAUUCAUGGUCCUCCUGGUAUCGGCAAGACAACCGCUGCACAUCUCGUCGCCAAGCUCGAAGGUUUCGACAUUGUCGAAAGCAAUGCCAGUGACACGCGCAGCAAGAAGUUGGUCGAAAGCGGUCUUAAGGGAGUGCUGAGUACAACAUCUCUCAUGGGUUACUUCUCUUCCGGCGAAGUCGAUGCAAGCAAGAAGAAGAUGGUCUUGAUCAUGGAUGAGGUUGACGGUAUGUCUGCUGGUGAUCGCGGUGGUGUCGGUGCUCUUGCUGCUGUCUGCAAAAAGACCCAGAUCCCCAUGAUCCUUAUCUGCAACGAUCGCAAGCUUCCCAAGAUGAAGCCAUUCGACUUUGUCACAUACGACUUGCCUUUCCGCCGCCCAUCGGCCGAUAUGAUUCGCGCUCGUAUUGCAACAAUUGCCCACCGCGAAGGUCUCAAGAUGCCGCCAAACGUUAUGAACGCUUUGAUUGAAGGCACAGGAGCAGAUAUUCGCCAGGUGGUGAACAUGAUCUCUACUGCAAAGCUCGACCAAUCCUCCAUGGACUUUAACAAAGGCAAGGAGAUGUCCAAGGCUUGGGAGAAGCAUGUUGUCUUGAAGCCUUGGGACAUCACCAGCAAAAUCCUCGGAGGCGGAAUGUUUCAAGACGCCAGCAAGUCUACUCUCAACGACAAGAUUGAGCUGUACUUCAAUGACCACGAAUUCAGCCCUCUCAUGCUCCAGGAGAACUACCUCGGCACAAGACCUAUUCGCGCUCUGGGUGCUCCCAAUGCGAGGAUGGAGAACUUGGAGCAACUCAGCCUGUCCAGUCAAGCAGCCGACAGUAUCUCGGAUGGUGAUCUGGUCGACAGAAUGAUUCACGGAUCUCAACAGCAGUGGAGCUUGAUGCCUACACACGCCAUCAUGAGUUUUGUCAGACCAGCAUCCUUCGUUGCAGGCUCUCAAGCUGGUAGUCAAACUCGCUUCACAGCCUGGUUGGGCAAGAACAGUUCAUUCGGCAAGUUCAGUCGCCAAAUCAAGGAGAUUCAAGGUCACAUGCGUCUUCGUACUUCCGGCGACAGACAUGAGAUCAGACAACAGUACCUUCCCACCUUGUGGCAGAACCUCGUGAAGAGGAUGGAAGUCGAAGGCAAGGAAUCAGUGCCCGAAGUCAUAAAGCUCAUGGAUCAGUAUUUCCUUACCAAGGACGACUUUGAUGCCAUCUUGGAGCUUGGUGUUGGACCCAUGGAUCAGGAGAAGAUCAAGCUGGAAACACAGACCAAGGCUACCUUUACCAGGAUGUACAACGCACAAUCCCACCCUCUUCCCUUCAUGAAAGCCUCCAGCGUCGUCGGCCCAGCCAAGAAGACCGCAAAAGACAAGCCCGAUCUCGAAGAAGCAAUGGACGACUCGGAAGAUGAAGCUCUCCUCAAGGACGCAGCUGAAGAUGAUGGAGCCGAGGAAGAAGACAUGGACAUCUCAAAGGACAAGUACGUCGCCAAGCCGAAGAAGAAGAAGGCCGCUGCCGCGCUCAAGGGCAAAGGCAAGAAAAAGGUCAUUGAAGAGGACGAGGAUGACGAGGAAGAAGAGAAGCCGAAGCCCAAGAAGAGGGCUCCUGCCAAGCCUAGGGCUAAGAAGUGAGAGUGAAUGUACGUGACUCGAAGGAUGAUCGUCGAGGGUGCGUUGUUUCUGAAGGAGGGUUCUUUGCUGUAAUGGUCGGCGUUCAACUGUUUUUCUUAAUCGCUGUGCAUCAAUGCGUUCGUCAUAAGCGAAGGUAUAGGCUGGGGAGGGAUCACUGUUUGCUGUUUGCUUUUGUUUCACACCAUCGAACAAACAUGAUAUGAUAUGGGGAAACUGAAAGUAUUACCAUAUUCUCUCUUGUGUGGCCGUCUUAUCCUCUCUUCCUUUUAAGACACUUUCCCCUGUUACAUACUCCUGGUUUGACAAACUUGACAUGUCCACUCUUCG